UCUGUUCAAUCUGUAAUAUUCAUUCGCGUUUUCUGUUAUUUUCGUCUUCUGCGUAUCUGUAAUUUGGUUCUGCAAUGUCCAUUUAUGUAAAAAAGAAGAAGAAGAAGAAGAAAGAAACCUAAUACAUUUGUUUAUUUAAUUGAUUCAUGGAAAUGUACAGUUUUUUCCCUUUUGAUACUAAUGGAAAGAGUUUAUAUGAAGAGAGCCUUUGAGCGGUUGUGAUUUUUUUUUUAUAUGUUAUUAGUUUAAGUCGAGAGCAAGAGAUAAUUUUUGUGGUUAGGAAGCCUUACUUGCUGGUUUUAUUUUUGUAUAUUGAAGAGUAAACCGUCAAUAUUAGGCGUGGCAUGAAGCAAGAAUGCAGUAACUUAAGUGAUGAAAGGGUCUCAAGCCUUGAGGGAUGUUUGGAUAAGACAUGGAAAACAAAUGAUUUCAGUCUGCUAUCCAUAUCAUUUCUAGGAAUUCUCUGGGAAAUUGGGGGACUUGAUACGAGUUCUGGAACUCGCCUCAAAUACCUUUCUGAUGCGAGCUCUUCUAAAUAGCAUAAAUUUUAACAAUAUUAUGGAAGAGAUGCAUGGUUUUAUGAAUGAAAUAAGUAUGGGUAUCCGAGCUCGAAAUGCUAGUGAUCGCUUGAGGACAAUUUGGACCCCUGAAAUGGAUCGGUAUUUCAUUGACCUCAUGCUAGAGCAGGUUGGCAAAGGAAAUAGAUUUGAUGAUCAUUUAUUCAGCAAAAGAGCAUGGAAGCAUAUGACGUCAUUGUUCAAUGCAAGAUUUAAAUUUCAGUAUGAAAAAGAUGUUCUGAAAAAUCGUCACAAAACACUGAGGAAUCUGUACAAGGCUGUAAAGAAUCUCCUUGACCAGAGGGGUUUUAGUUGGGAUGAAAAGCGUCGAAUGGUGACAGCUGAUAACAAUAUCUGGGACGAUUAUAUCAAGGUACACCCAGAUGCUCGUUCAUUCAGAAUCAAAAGCAUUCCAUAUUACAGUGAUUUAUGCACGAUAUACGGAAAUGCAACCUCUGAACAAAAAGGUAACAAUGUGCCAGAAUUAACAUUACCUACCUGUGAGAAUGGAACAAACUCAGCCACACAGCCAACAGAUGCUAGCGAAGUAGCUGCAGUGACUCUUCCUGAAAUCCUGAUUGAUGAAGAUUAUGGAAUCUCUAUAUCAGAAAAAGUAGAUGAUGAUCCACUACCUUCGCCAAAUAUAAGUGGAACCACAAUGGGUAGCCGGUCCAGGACUUACUGGCAGCCACCGAUGGACCGUUAUUUUAUCGACCUUAUGCUAGAUCAAGUGCAGAAAGGAAACCGGGUUGAUGGUGUAUUCAGCAAACAAGCAUGGAUGGAGAUGAUUGCAUCUUUUAAUACUAAAUUUGGCUUUGACUAUGGCAUGGAUAUUCUAAAGAAUCGCUAUAAAACUUUGCGAAGGCAAUAUAAUGUCAUUAAAAACCUUCUUGACUUGGAUGGUUUUGCAUGGGAUGAUACACGGCAAAUGGUGAUUGCCGAUGACUAUGUCUGGCAAGAUUAUAUCAAGGCACAUACCGAUGCACGACAAUUCAUGACUCGACCAGUGCCAUACUAUAAAGAUUUGUGUGUGAUAUGUGAUCCAAAUGUCGACGAAAAAGACUGCUUUCUGGGUUUAGAGCUGCAAAAUGAAGUUGACCAAGUCAAGAUAGGAAGAGUGUCAAAUACUUCUCAAUCUCCAGCUACAUCUGUUUCCAGCGAAGACCAAGUUGGUGAUGAGCAGGAAUCCACACAUACAGACCAGAAGAAGAACAAGCGUCAAUUGGAAAACUGGUCAGAUUCCGGUCAAUUUAAAAAGUCCUGCCACAGAGAUGAGAGCAUGGUUAGUGCUCUUCGUGAAAUGGCUAGUGCGGUUUCUUCUCUAUCAGAUAAGAAGAAAGAUGAUGAGAUCUCAAACUCCAUCCCUAUAGAGAAUGUGAUUGAAGCAGUUCAAGCUUUACCAGACAUGGAUGAAGAUUUUAUAUUGGAUGCCUGUGAUUUCCUGGAGGACGAAAAGAAGGCAAAAACUUUUCUAGCAUUGGAUGUUAAAUUACGAAAAAAAUGGUUAGUGAGGAAACUUCGCCCUCAGCUACAGGAGUAGGAUUUCUGGAAGUUCUUUUGUAAUGUAUUUUGCCAAAUCAUGAGAAUACGCGAAUUUUCUUAGUGACGAGACUGGCAAUUUUCUUAGUCAUGGUCAUCAUAAAGUAGAAACUCUCAGCAAAAGAACAAAUGGAUAUAAACAGAAACCACUUUUCAAACACCAUAGCCGUCUUUUUCUUGGUGGCAAUACGGUGUAUCUGCGUCUGAAUUCUUCGAAGACUACUGCAAUAGAGAUCGUGUGUUCUUUCACGUCUAAAGACUACUGCAAUAGACGUCAAAAGGUUUCAUGGACUGAACUCAGGGGAGCUACUAGUGUCACCUCUGAAUUCUACGUGUUUUGCACGUCUAAAGUAAAAACAACAUCACAGACGAAGAUGAAUUGGAUUAUGAAAAGCUGACAUAAUUGCAAUUGAAGCUUCGAAUUAGUUAAAAGUACCCCAGGAAGCAGCAAAAUAUUCCCAAACACAGAAAGUGGAUCAGGUGGGAUGGGUUAGAGUUUUUGGUUUUUGGUCUUUUCUCUGUACUUAGACAGACGAUAUAGAAAGAUUAAGGAAUGAUGUAUAGGUGACCCUCGAAUGUUUCACAGUGCUUCAAGUUUUGUACACUCCCAAGGGGUUGGCCUAAGUGGUGAAGGCCUUGGUCUUGAAGUAUCACUCCAUUCAAGAUCCAAUGUUCAAUAUUUCAUAGGUGUAAAUAAUCUUUUUGAGCCACACUCCUU